UUUUCAUUUUGGCCAGGUUGGUAUGUCUGAUAAUAUGUCAAAUUAUGAAAUUUUUGGAUUUGAGCUCGUAACUGUAGUAACUGCCAAUUAAUUUAUUAGUGAAUUUAUAGUUUUUUCGUUUGUAUUCCGUGGAACCGAAACUUUUUGAAGUGGUUCGAUUGUUAUGGUUUUAUAAUUUUAUUUGUAUUUAACUUACACUUUCUGUCAUUUCGAUCGGCUACUGUCAUUCGGAAAAAUGGAGCAACAAAUUUCGACACAAGAGCCACAACACAAUUCCAGCAUCGAUGUGAAAUUAAAUAAUUUGGAAAAAUUAACAUUAACAUCAUCGUCAAAGGCACCGUGCAUUAGUGAAUUUGGAAUAAUUAAGCCAAUUAGCAGAGGUGCUUUCGGAAAGGUUUAUCUGGCAUAUAAAUUGACUGAUAAGAACAAGCUGUAUGCUGUCAAGCAAAUGAAAAAGUCGGAGAUGAUAAACAAAAACAUGGUGUCUCAAGUGAUCACCGAAAGAAAUGCCCUGGCACUGUCACGAAGUCCGUUCUGUGUGACAUUGUUUUAUUCACUGCAAUCACUUUCGAACGUGUAUUUGGUCAUGGAGUACAUGGUCGGCGGUGACUUGAAAUCAUUGUUAACUGUGUCCGGUUUUUUCGACGAAGAAGCGGCUCGAUUCUACUGCGCAGAAAUCACCCUAGCCUUACAGUAUCUCCACAGUCAUGGCAUCGUUCAUCGCGACAUCAAGCCUGAUAAUAUGCUACUGUCGGCUACCGGUCAUGUUAAACUCACCGAUUUCGGAUUGAGUAAAAUUGACUUGAGCAGAGAUCUGGAAAUAUCGGAUCUAGUCAAUUGUUCGCCCAGCAUCCAAAGCACUCGGACACCCGGUCAAUUGUUGUCGCUGACAUCCCAUUUGUCGUUCGGAUCAACAGAAAAACGGCCAGGAAAUGCCAAAACAUCGAAUUUAAUGCGAGCAAUGAGACAAAAAUCUCCCGAAAGUGAUUUGGACCGAUCACAAGAACCGACGAGUCGUGACGAUAGCAACAUAUCGGGCGUAUCACUAUUUCAAUCAGCCGAAGAUAUAACCGCAUCGUUUUUGCACCGUUCGUCCGUGGCUGCUAUAGAGUCGUCGUCAUCUUAUUCCACUUGCAAUACCCAUUUUGGUGAUAAAACAUCGAGCUGUAGUUCGAUCUCAUCGAAUAUGGCUGUGAUGAGUUCUAAGAAUGUUGCCGGAAGAAAGAGUUUUGAUGACAUGCGUAAGAACAUGCUAUCACAGCACUUGCUCAGACUGGACGAUAAAGCGCAUAUUUCCGUGGACGAUUAUCACCAGAAAUUGUCAUUCGAUAGUGGUUACAUGAAAAGCUCAAAGGACUACGAUUCGGUCGUGUCAAAUGUAUCUAGUCGGAAAUACGACAUCAGCUCACAGAUACACUGUGAACUGUCCGCAAUCGAAGUGGAAGUUUCAACGCAUGGUGACAGUGGUGCCGUUGAAUCGUCGAGAAGCAAUGAUACUAGUCACACACAUUCUCUAAGCGAUUCAAAUUCAAACAAUGUGCAAUCGCCACUGACGAAUGGCGGCAAUCAUUUCAAACAGCCAAAUGGUUUAGAAAGUAUCAAGCACAAACGUAAGCGCCAGUUUCUCAAUGACGAGGUCAUGUACCAGGAUAAUUCCAGCACGGGCCUGACACAGGAAAUAGAAAUAAUGGAAAUUGGCAGCAGCACGCCGAAGAAGCCAAAGAUGAAAUCACCGUUAAAAAGUGUACUGAAAUAUCCCACGUCCAUAUUCGAUGAAGAGGUGCCUGGCCGACGACAUUUAAACGUGGCUGGAGUAAUUUUCUCAACACCAGUUUCGUCGCAAAAAACGUCACGAGGAGGACUACUGAAACUUAAACAGAAGACUCGCUUCAUUUUACCGUCCGAGGAAAUGAAGAAGAAAAUUGAGGAUGAACCUGCAAUGUCGCCGAUAAACGCCCACACUGAAAGUGGCACACCAAAAAACAGUCAAACACCAUUUAGAACACCGAAAUCAGUUCGGCGUGCUGAGCCGGCAACGGAACGAAUUCUGGGCACUCCUGACUACUUGUCGCCGGAAUUGCUUUUAGGUCGUGGCCAUGGACCCGAAGUAGACUGGUGGGCGCUCGGUGUUUGUCUCUACGAAUUUAUGACUGGAAUACCUCCGUUUAACGAUGAAACACCACAGAAAGUUUUCGAAAAUAUUUUAAAUAGAAAUAUUGAAUGGCCACAAGAUGACGAAGCAUUAUCUGACGAAGCUGUCGCAGCUGUCGAAUUAUUUUUAACUACAGAUCCUAAGCUACGUCCCACUGCCAAAGAAGUUCAUCAAAUGAAAUUUUUUGAAUCCAUGGAUUGGGACAACUUGGAAUCAGUGACUCCUCCGUUUAUACCGAAUCCGGAAAAUCCAACUGAUACCGGGUAUUUUGAAGCUCGAAAUACACUGCAACAUUUGAAACUAUCCAACAUAGAUGCAGAAGAUUGGAAGUGACACGGUUUCCACAGGAUUUUUUUUUAUUUUAUUCGUAUGUCUUCGAUAGUUGUUGUGAAUAGCCAAUUCU